AGUUACUAGCGCUGCAGCUGCCAAAGCCUAGGAAACUGCAAGGGAGGGGGGAGAGUGAGGGGUGCUCCUUCCUCCCCUUUGACAGCUCACCUUUGUCAGCUGAGCAGACAACGCUUGCAGAGAGAAACGAUCCCUCUGGGAGAAGCUUAGGAAUGCUGUAUAUCACCGGAUCCCGGUGCCAGGCUGGGGAAUAUCCGCGGCGGCACCUUAGGCCAACUUAAAUUGCCCCAGAGAAGCUGGAAAUGGUAUAUAAAGGGAAGCUGAACUUCAGGAAGAAAAAAACUAAUCAUAAUUAUUCAGUGGUAUUCCAGAACCUGGAAGAAUUUCAACUGAAGUGAACUUGGGAAAAGACCAUUGCUUAAGCUUUCCUUCCCUCUAAACCCAGCUUCCAGUCUCCCCCCAAGCAGGACCAGGAUGGCCUACUGCCGAGAUCUCUUGCUCUGCACUGCCUUGGUCCAGCUGGUGUCUCUGGGGGCAUCCUUCCACUUUGUCAGGGAAAGCACAGAUGACCUCAAAGCUCUUCGCGUCUCAAUUGCCAAGUAUCCGCCCGUGCGCGCUGUCCUGUCUGGCAGCCUCACCAUUCCCUGCCACAUCACCUACCUGCGGCCACUGCCCACUGCUGAAACGGCCAGUCGCCAUGGGGUUCGGGGCACCCUCCGAGUAAAAUGGACCUUCCUUGCCGACGGCAAAGAAACCGAGAUUCUGGUGGCCCGGGGCCUGAAGGUCAAAGUCAGCGAAAUCUACCGUGACCGAGUCUUUCUGCCCUUCUAUCCUGACUCACCCACGGAUGCCACCCUGGUCCUGAGUGAGCUGCGCUCCAACGACUCUGGACUGUAUCGCUGUGAUGCUCAACACGGGAUUGAGGAUGGGCAGGAUUUCCUGGAGGUGAAGGUGAAGGGGGUGGUCUUCCAUUACCGAGGAGGGUCUUCCCGCUACGCCUACACUUUUCCCCAGGCCCAGGCGGCCUGCGCCCGGAUCGGAGCGGCCAUCGCCACCCCGGAGCAGCUCCACGCCGCCUAUCGCAGCGGCUACGAGCAAUGCGACGCCGGCUGGCUGGCGGACCAGACCGUCAGGUACCCUAUCCAUACCCCUCGCGAAGCCUGCUAUGGAGACAUGAACGGCUUUCCGGGAAUCCGCAAUUAUGGCGUGGUCGAUCCAGAUGACACGUACGAUGUCUACUGCUAUGCUGAAGAACUUUACGGGGACCUGUUUGUGGUGAGUUCCCUGAGGAAAUUCACCUGGGAGGAGGCCAAAGCCGAGUGUGAAGCUCGGGGGGUGGAGAUGGCCACGACUGGCCAGCUCUAUGCGGCCUGGAACCAAGGACUGGACCACUGCAACCCCGGCUGGCUGGCAGACGGCAGCGUGCGCUACCCGAUUGUGACGCCCCGUGAGAAGUGCGGAGGGAACAUGCCUGGAGUCAAAACCCUCUUCCUCUUCCGCAAUCAGACGGGAUUCCCAGAUCCUCAGAACAAGUUCGAUGUUUUCUGCUUCAAAGAGGAGACCAGCCCCUCCCUGGAAUCUCCCGUCCCUGAGGCCGAGAGCAGCAAGGAGAUAACAACGGUGACUCAGAAGAUGGAGGAGCUGCAGCUGUCCGAGAGAGAGCCCGAGGGGGCCAAGGAGUCCAGGGGGGCCAUUUACUCUGUGCCCCUCUUCCAGGACCCCCUUGGGGUGCCAGAGGAGCCAAGCAAAGCCUUUGAGGAAGCAGCCACCACAGAGCCCGAGGAGGCUGGCCCAGGCGGUUGUGACAGGCAGAGCGGAGGAGAAGAAGGGGAGGAAAGUGGUGGCAGCUGUGCCAGGCGACAUGAGCCUGAGCGAGAGCUGGUGGAGCCCAGCCUGGAGGAGGUACCCAGCACUCAGGAGGCCCACGUCCUGGACCAAAGGCAACAGAGGGAGGAAGGCGAGCCAGAGAUUUUGGAGGCAGCUCCCCAGGAAGAGGAGGCUGAGGAUGGAGAGGUAGUGGGGAGCCAGCCCAGGGAUGAGAAGGAGCCCCACAGUGUCCACAGCCCUGUGGAGCCCUCCCCAGAGACUGCAGCCAGCUUCUCCGACAGCCCAGAGUGGCAGACAGUGGGCAAAGUCCACGAAGAUCCUUCCGUGUCUCCCUCAGAGACAGUCACCGAAAGGACCCACGAUGCCAGCCAUGCUUCCAGUCCACCCGAAGAAGCUGGUGCAGGAACUUCUUCUGCCAGGCGAGUCGAAAGCAGCCUCAUUUCUGGGCCGGCAGGCACUCGCCACCCCGAUCCUCCCCGAAAGGCAGGAGCUGAGCCUUCAGGGACAGCCGCUUUCCCAGUGACCCCCUGGGUUCCUGUGCUGCUCCCGUCCCUAAGCAUGACACCAGCCGGCUCGCCUGAAGAAAGUGGGGACCACUCGGGUUCCUCCUGGCCACCACCAACCUGGGUCUCCCCAGUCGCCAUCUCCAGUCCUCCAGACGAGGCCGCGGCUGUCCUGAAGGUUUUUUCUGGCCUCGGAGAGGAGCUUGAUGCGACCAAGGAGGAGCCCUGGGCUGAAGCAUCGGAGGAGGAGCAGGGACCGGCUCUGAGGACAACGGUGCCAGCUGCAGAUAAAGAAGGGCACCCAGAGGCUGUCCCCUCUGGAGGCCCUUUGGGCUUGGACUUCUUCAGCACCCCAUUCCUGGAGGGCUCCUUGACUACUACCCACUCUCGGCCAAUUCUGCCCACUGAAAGUGCCAGCCUUGGAGCAUCUGGCAGCGUGUCAGGACUGGGGAAGGCAAAGGAACCAGAGAAGCACACGUGUUACUCACAGACACAAACCACCCUAGAGAGUGCGUGCUCUUUAAGUCUCUGCUACUUCUAUGAAGUGUUUUAACCAUGGUUUCCAUAAAAAAACGGACCAGGAAGGAGACUAAUUUGAAAGAGAAAUAAGAAAUUAAAAGCUUUCGAGAAGAAAACUGUCUGGAUGUCUGUACCUGUCUCUUUCUUUACUUUCCCUCCUGUUCCUUCUUAUCUUUCCUGCAUUAAUGAACUUUCCCUUUUUGAGUUCAGGGAAUCGCUGGAGCCCCGUUAGAGCUAAAAGGGGCACUGAGGUCAUCAGGUCCACCCUCUGCUCAGCACCUGGAUCCAAGUAGCUUCUCUUCUCUAUCAAAUGAAGGAAGAAAUAUGGCCAGGGUUCAGAAUCCAGUUGGGGAGGGGAGGCCUGCAGCGUCCCCUGGGAUCUGGGAAAAGAGCCUCUGACUUCCCCUUUGUGUGGCUGGGGAAAUCAUUGCACUGAUCGAAACUAUUUGGCCAGACAUUUUUCACUUCCACGAGAUGUUGAAAUAGGCCCCGUGCCUUGGAAUGUAGCACUAGGAGACCAGAAAAGCUGGGGUUUUCAACUGAGCUCCUUCAAAAUUGGGUCUUUAAAUACUUUGUUUUGUUUUGUGACCAAAAGAUACGAAGUGUGGAGAGAAAUUUGGGAAGUUUCAGAGGCUGAAGAUGUUUUCAGAUCCCAGGGCUGUAUCUGAAGGAGCCCUCCCGGGUCACUGCCAUCCACUCCUGUCCUGUCGCCUGGCAUCGCUUUCUCUCGCUCCCUUUGGCAAAAUGGUUGCAGCACCAGCCACGGGAAAUGGGCUGCCCAUUUUUUUAUUUAGCUACCUUUUUAUCUUGCCUCUCUUCCAAGGCAACUAGGAAACCAGGCGUAUCCGUAGCCAAAGAAGCCAUUCGGCUUGAUGGCAGAGCAGAGAUGGAAGCCAGGAGCCUCUCAGGACAGCCUUGCUGCCCUCCCUCCAUCACUUUUCACAACUGCCCCCAGCCCAACAUUAGAAGGAUGAGCUCCUCGCCAAAAACAUACUGUAUUCUCCAUCAGCCUCUGCCAUGCCAAAGUCCAUGGCAAUAGUCAGGGAUGCCCGAUUCCUUCCUUCCUUCCUUCCUUCCUUCCUUCCUUCCUUCCUUCCUUCCUUCCUUCCUUCCUUCCUUCCCACUCAAAGAAAUUUCGAAAUGCUUGGCAAUUAAACGCAAAAGAAAUUGGCUGAUGAGAGAAAGAUUGCAUUGGGCUAUCCAGUUCCCAGCUAUAGGAGUCUGGAAAACAACACAGUGCAGUUUUCACAUGAGAAAUAUGAGAAAUUCGGGUGCUGCAGCUGCUGCAGUGGUGGGACCAGCAGCAGGGCUGGCAGCCAGCCCAGGAGGCCACCCCACAGAAGGGCAGCAGUGACACAGAUUAAAGCAGCUCCAUGGCGAAUCCCCCUGGCAAUAGAAAAGUAGUGUUGGAAGAAAUGUCCAUCUGGAUUCAAUUCCAAGUGGGAAGAAAGAUAUGGAAACAUGGAGGCUGUUUGGAAAGAUGCUUUAAUGGUGGACAGAACCACAUGGGGUUUUUUUUGGGUCCUGGGCAAAUGAGCACAUGGGUGAGAGAGAUUUAUAACCUCUCUUGGGCUUUGAACUUGGUUCCUGUUUCUAUGAAAGAAAUGUAUUCUGAUUGGUUGUCAGACUCCCAUGGGGCCAUGCAGAAGUAACUUUGUAGGUUGUCUUGAGUCCCAGGCUUGGUUGAAUCUUGCUGGGUGAUGUAAUGAAGGGGCUUUGGGCAAUUCCUAUUAUGGCUUAAUGGCUUUGUCCUGGUUUGGAUCUUGAGUGAGGGCUAAUCCUAUCAUGUCCUGAGGGUGAAGGUCUUUUGUUCUGUAGAUAAGAUGGCCCAGCCUUUUGUCUUGUAGCUAGGUUGGCACCAGCCUUUCUGGGGUUAUUAACAAAGGUCCAAGAGUAUGUUUCUCCUUUUCUCAUCCAGGAAGGUAUAAUAUUCUGCCUUUUUAAUAUUUCCUAGAAUAUUUCAUUCUUCUAGAAGAGGGGUGGGUGCCAACUUCCUACAAUCCCCCCUUUUUGCCAAAAUAUGUGGGUGGAACACACGUUAUUGGCAAAAGAUUAAAAAUUGAUCAGAUCAGGGAGUUUAAUGAGUGCGUUUAAUUUUUCUGAUGCAGAGGGGAAGGCAUUGAUAGAGACAGCAGAAAAGGAUUCAUUCAGUGACUCCCAAAGGGAGAGCUUUCAACCAUGAAGGUCUAGCAUCCAGAGAAAAGUUCUGGAAAGUAAUUUAAAGUAUCCAGUUUUCCAUGCCAAUUAUUUUCAGAGGUUAGAUAUCAGGUUCUGUGAGCUUCCCGUCAGGUUUCAAGCAAGCACAAGCCCCAAAAUUCUUCACAGGCAUGGUUUUGCCUUUAAAUAACUACAGGCUGCCCAUUUUAAGAGUUGUUUACUAAAUGUGCACUAGCUCUUAGUUUUGUGAGGCCAAAUUGAGGUUAGCUAUUGUGCAAUCCAGGCUAUUUAGUAUUUUUAAAAUUACACACAAUGAGCCCUGGAACUCCUACUCAUGAAACCAUCAGUUCAACAUAUCCUGCUUUACUGGGCAACUGGGCAGCAUCAUUUGUGAGUCACAAUCAGGACUUGGGUUUUGGAGAUCUCUUUUCUGCUAUCAGUGCUAUCACUCUUUUCUGCUUCAGUGAGGGAAUUGCCUGAGGGGGAUGCCCCCUCUCUCAUGGAAUUAGCAGGGAGAUAUGACUGCUUGGGCCUUAGUGCCACAGAGCAAAAAACAACAACAACAACAAAAGGAAGCUAGGAGCAGCUUUGUGUCCAGGUAGGUGAAAGGGAUAACCUCAGUCUAAUUCUGAAUGGGGUGUCUGUGUGUGUGUGCUUGUGUAUGCAGCUACUUCUAAAAUACAGGCAACACAGAAAUUCUGGACAAAUUUCCCUUCCACCAGAUAGAAAUCUAAGGUGUUCAGAAUUUGCUGUUUCAACCACUCUCAAAUGCCAUCCCUACAUGAAUCCACUUAACCGAUUACAACGUAAAUGAGACAAGAAAGAAAAUCUUACAAGUAAUUUCCACCCUCCCCCAUUGUCUUUCCAGCUGUCUUCUGGGGAUUGAAAUGAGUCUUUAGUCUCCAUCUCAGGGUCCUCUCUUUCAAGUCUGUUAGGCUUGGCUUGGUGGUAAGACCAAUCAGUCAGGUGUCAGACCCACUUGGAACCACCUGUGCUGCACCGGAUAAAGACACAGGCUCACGCUCAGAAGAGGAAUCUAUCCGGUUUAAUCAUAGCUUACACGAUGGUCAAACAGUAAGCGCUGAAGUUCUUUGGUGAGAAGCAAAGUCGGAGACGGCUGUUUCUCCCGUGCCUCCGGCUUUAUAGAACGCCCUUCAAGCGCCCCUCCUUUGCUCUACUACAAAUUUAAAGUAACCGCGCUGCUUAUCCCAUUCUGGCUACGUACAGGUUGCCCUUACUUCCGGGUUUUUACUAUCUUCUCCUGUCACUGGGAUCUGUUUGACGUUGAUGGAUUUAUUCCCCCCCCCUUUUCCCUUAUACCGUCCAUCACCUAAUAUCACCGUGCCAUCCUACACGCUAUAACACCCCCCCACACACCGUGUGUGUUCUUCCGGGUCUGUUCCAUCUCAUUCUGGAUCUGCACAGAUGCUCAUGUUCAGGUGUUUCAUAUUCCCCAGGACAUUGUGUCGAGGGGUUGUUUGACACUCGACAUCAGGCUUGGGAAGGUCUGCUCCACUCUGGUUGCUGUGAUGACUUUCUAUUUUUUUUUUAAUAAAGUUUUUUUAUUUUUUAAAACACACAAAACAAACAUACAGUCCAUCUUUUCUGAACAGAAUAUUGGCCCGGUUUUAGAUUUAUACAGAUUUUUGUUCAUCUUUAACACAAUUUUAACACAAUUUUAUAUAUAAAUUUUCUCAUAUCAUUAUUCUCUCUAAUUCUAAAAAAACAAUAUUACCCUUCAUCUUAACUUCCUAUCCUAAUAUAGUUCAUUUUUUCUUUUCCCUCCUUAAAAUUUGAACUCCUAAAUUUAAAUUCAUAUAACAUAAUACCAUCCCCCAUUAUUACCUUAAAUUCUCCUAUUCCAAUCACCAGUGAUUCUUUUAUCAACUAUUCCAAAUAAUACAUUGCAACAAUUAAACACAUUCAAUAAAAAAUCAAUUAAAUAUCAAUCUUACUCCAAUACCUCUACAUUUAGAUUCAUAAAGCAUAAUACAAUUCCCAAUUAUUUUCUUAAAUUCUUUAGUUCCAAUCUCAAAUAAUUUUUUCUUUGUCAACUGUUCCAACUAAUAAGCUUCAACAUUUUUAUAACAUUUUUAUAUCAUUUUUAUAAAGACCAGUUAAGAAUAUCUAAUUAAUUCAUAAUCCAAUUAAGGGUAUUUCGUUUAUUACAAUCCCCUUCAUUAAUUAAAAAUAUUCCAAAUAUUCAUACACCCAUAUAG